AGAUAAUAGCGUUGAUGCAAAUAUGUAUAAUGAUGAAUAUAGAUAUCCUUCAUCAAGGGAUAAUACAUUCUCAAGUGAAGAUGAACAAUCUGAAAUAUUAGAUAAAUGCAACAAUAUGAAACAUAACGAUAGAUUUUUAGCAGAUAUUAUUACAUGGGUGAAACAAUGUAAACCUCCAGGAAGUACUGUUAAUUCCCUUCUGAAAAUUUUAAGAAAACAUACAAAUGUAGCUUUCCCGAAUGAUUAUAGAACCCUUCUUAAAACUCCUACGUGUACGGAAGUGGCUAUUAUUGACAAUGGCCAAUAUUGGCAUUACGGAUUAAAAAAUUCAAUUAUGCGUCUGUUAAUGAACUGUGAGGAAACUGAUUAUUCAGAAAAUAGACACAUUGAUCUUUUGAUAAACAUUGAUGGGGCAACAUUAGGAAAAAGUACAGAAAAAAGCAUGUGGCCAAUUUUGUGCUCUGAUACUGUUUCAAAAAAUGUUGCUGUAGUCGGUAUAUUUUAUGGAGAAGGAAAACCUAAAAAUUGUAAUGUAUUUCUUAAUAAAUUUGUACAUGAAGCAACAGAGUUAAUUAAUAAUGGUAUUAUUGUCAAUAAUAAUCAUUACAGUAUUAAGUUAAAAGCAUUAAUAUGUGAUGCUCCUGCUAAGGCAUAUGUGUUGCAAGUGAAAAAUCAUACUGGUUUUAACAGUUGCACAAAAUGCGUUGUUGAAGGUGAUUAUAUAAACAAUAGAGUGACUUUUCCUGGAGGUGCACAUAAUACUUUAAGAACAAAUGAACAGUUUCGAGAUUAUGCUUAUAAUUUUGACUAUCAAUUAGGUGAAACUAUUCUAACGAAAAUUCCACAUUUUGAUUUUGUUAAAAAUGUUCCUCUUGAUUACAUGCAUCUUGUAUGUUUAGGAAUCAUGAGAAAAUUAUUAUUUUUGUGGUUAAAUGGACCACUUACUGUAAAACUUUCCGCGAAUGAUGUAAACAAAAUAUCCAAUAGAUUAAUCAAGUUAAGGAAAAUUAUACCAUUAGAUUUCAACAGAAAACCAAGAACAUUAAAAUAUAUAAAAUUAUGGAAGGCAACAGAAUUACGUCUUUUCCUUUUGUAUUUAGGACCAGUGGUUUUAAAAAACAUAUUACAAAAAAACUUGUAUGAACAUUUUUUAACUUUGCAUGUUGCAAUCACAAUUUUAGCAAGUCCAAGUUUGUCUUCAGAUCCUUUAAAUAUCACGUACGCAGAAGAUUUGCUGCGGAAUUUUACUGAACAGUUUGAGACAUUAUAUGGAGAGCAAUACAUUAGCCACAAUGUGCAUAAUUUAUUGCAUCUUGCAGCAGAUGUUAGAGAACAUGGACCGUUAGAUAACUUUAGUUCUUUUCGGUUCGAAAAUUACAUUAAUAUAUUAAUGAAAUAUGUUAGAAAAGGAGAAAAGCCUUUACAACAAAUUGCGCGGCGAAUAAUUGAAUAUGACUUGCCUGUUAAAAAUACAAAAAUGAAAUUUUCCUAUUUACUUGAAAAACGACAUUAUGAUGGUCCUUUAGAUGCAUAUUGUGACAUGUUAUAUGUAAAACAAUAUAAAUUUAUGCGUACCGAUACAUUUUUUAUUAAUUGUGAUAAUAAUGCAAAUAGCUGUUGUUUACUGAAACAUGGGUUAUUUGUUGAAUCGGUUAAUUUUAUUAGACAUCAAAAUACAUCUUAUAUUAUUGGGAGGCAAUUACUUCCUUGUGGUAGUUUAUAUUCAGUUCCAACAGAUUCACUAGAUGUUGGAAUUGUAAUAGUUAAGAGACAACAUGAAAUUAAAUCAUGGCUAUGUUCUGAUGUAAAAAUGAAACUUAUAAAAAUACCAUAUGAUGCAAAUAAUAAAUUUGUUGUGUUACCCAUUCUUCAUACUAAAAAUUAACAACUGUUUUGUAUACAAAAAUGUAAUAAAUAAUGAAGAACAAAUAAUGUAUGUUGCGCGCACUACACACACAAAGAUUUAUAUAUAAUUUUAUAUAGUUUUAUAUAUAAUUAUAAUUAUGGAUUUAUACCAUUCAAUUUUAUAAUAACAAUAUAUUAUAUAUUUUA